CGGCGCUCGCAGCGUGCGGAAGUGCGGCCCUCCGGCUGCUGCGGCCCGGAGGUGGGGCGGGUCGGCGGGCAUCUGUCGCCGGCUGCGGGCAGUGGAGGCUGGAGGUUGCUUCUAUAACUGGAUCUCGUGUUUGCUGCAUAAAGCACAAUGUCUCGGUCCCGGCAGCCUCCGCUUGUGACAGGCAUCUCUCCAAAUGAAGGAAUACCUUGGACCAAGGUCACAAUCAGAGGGGAGAACCUGGGUACUGGUCCCACUGACCUUAUAGGCUUGACAAUUUGUGGCCAUAAUUGCCUCCUCACGGCAGAAUGGAUGUCUGCAAGUAAAAUCGUGUGUCGCGUGGGCCAAGCCAAAAAUGACAAAGGAGACAUUAUUGUCACAACUAAGUCAGGGGGCAAAGGAACCUCAACAGUAUCUUUUAAACUACUGAAACCUGAAAAAAUAGGCAUUUUAGACCAGUCUGCAGUGUGGGUGGAUGAAAUGAAUUAUUAUGAUAUGCGGACUGACAGAAAUAAGGGGAUUCCUCCCUUGUCACUCCGUCCUGCAAAUCCACUUGGCAUUGAAAUUGAAAAAAGUAAACUUCCUCAGAAGGACUUAGAAGCGUUGUUUCAUGGCAUGAGUGCUGAUUUUACAAGCGAGAAUUUUUCAGCUGCGUGGUAUCUUAUAGAGAAUCACUCCACCACCAGUUUUGAACAGCUCAAGAUGGCAGUCACCAACCUCAAAAGGCAGGCCAAUAAGAAGAGUGAGGGGAGUCUGGCCUAUGUGAAGGGCGGCCUCAGUACCUUCUUUGAAGCUCAGGAUGCUCUCUCAGCUAUCCAUCAAAAACUCGAAGCAGACGGAACUGAAAAAGUAGAAGGAUCCAUGACACAGAGAUUGGAGAAUGUCCUCAACAGAGCGAGUAACACUGCUGACACAUUAUUUCAAGAAGUGUUAGGUCGAAAAGACAAAGCCGAUUCCACUAGGAAUGCCCUCAAUGUGCUGCAGCGAUUUAAAUUUCUCUUCAACCUUCCUCUCAAUAUUAAACGGAACAUUCAGAAGGGGGAUUAUGAUGUGGUCAUUAAUGAUUAUGAAAAAGCCAAGUCACUCUUUGGGAAAACAGAGGUGCAAGUUUUCAAGAAAUAUUAUGCUGAAGUAGAAGCAGGAAUUGAAGAUCUAAGAGAAUUACUUCUAAAGAAAUUGCUCGAGACUCCAUCAACCUUACAUGACCAAAAGCGUUACAUAAGGUAUCUCUCUGACCUCCAUGCGCCUGGUGACCCUGCCUGGCAGUGUAUCGGAGCUCAGCACAAGUGGACGCUCAAGCUCAUGCAAGACUGCAAAGAGGGCCACAUGAAGAGCCUAAAAGGUAACCCUGGCCCGCACAGCCCCAUGCUGGACCUUGAUAAUGAUGUGCGCCCCUCAGUGUUGGGACAUCUCAGCCAGACUGCGUCACUGAAGAGGGGUAGCAGCUUUCAGUCUGGUCGCGAUGACACGUGGAGGUACAAAACUCCCCACAGAGUGGCAUUUGUUGAAAAAUUAACGAAGCUUGUGUUAAGUCAGCUGCCUAACUUCUGGAAACUCUGGAUUUCAUAUGUUAAUGGAAGUCUUUUCAGUGAGACUGCUGAAAAGUCAGGCCAGAUUGAAAGAUCCAAGAAUGUAAGGCAGAGACAAAAUGACUUCAAGAAAAUGAUUCAGGAAGUUAUGCAAUCCCUGGUGAAACUGAUCCGGGGAGCCCUGCUCCCACUCAGUCUCAGAGAAGGUGAUGGAAGGCAGUAUGGAGGCUGGGAGGUGCAGGCAGAGCUCUCAGGGCAGUGGCUCGCACAUGUUAUCCAGACCAUAAGGCUGACUUAUGAAUCAUUGACUGCCCUGGAAAUUCCCAAUGACAUGUUACAAAUUAUCCAGGACCUAAUUUUGGACCUCCGUAUACGUUGUAUAAUGGUGACAUUGCAGCAUACAGCAGAAGAAAUAAAGAGAUUAGCUGAAAAAGAAGAUUGGAUUGUUGACAAUGAAGGACUGACUUCCCUACCAUAUCAGUUUGAACAGAGCAUCGUGCACUCCCUGCAGUCAUUGAAGGGUGUUGUCGACUGCAAGCCUGGAGAAGCCAGCGUCUUUCAACAGCCUAAAACACAGGAGGAGGUUUGCCAGCUAAGCAUCAAUAUCAUGCAGGUUUUUAUAUACUGUCUGGAACAGUUGAGCACCAAGCCUGAUGCAGACAUAGAUACUACUCAUCUUUCUGUGGAUGUUUCGUCUCCUGAUCUGUUUGGGAGCAUCCAUGAAGACUUCAGUUUGACUUCAGAGCAGCGACUUUUGAUAGUCCUGAGCAAUUGCUGCUAUUUAGAACGUCACACCUUCCUAAACAUAGCAGAACAUUUUGAAAAGCACAACUUCCAGGGAAUAGAAAAAAUAACACAGGUUAGCAUGGCAUCACUGAAAGAACUAGACCAACGACUCUUUGAAAAUUACAUUGAGCUAAAAGCAGAUCCUAUUGUUGGAUCCCUGGAACCCGGGAUAUAUGCAGGCUAUUUUGACUGGAAAGACUGCCUGCCUCCAGCAGGUGUCAGAAACUAUUUAAAAGAAGCGUUGGUGAACAUAAUUGCUGUGCAUGCAGAGGUGUUCACUGUUUCCAAAGAACUGGUGCCCCGGGUCCUGUCCAGGGUGAUAGAAGCAGUCUCUGAAGAGCUCAGCCGGCUGAUGCAGUGUGUGUCCUCCUUCAGCAGAAAUGGAGCUCUGCAGGCAAGACUUGAAAUCUGUGCUCUGAGAGACACCGUAGCCAUCUACCUGACCCCGGAAAGCAGAUCUAGUUUUAAACAGGCCCUGGAAGCCCUGCCUCAACUUGCAAGUGGUGCAGACAAAAAGUUACUAGAAGAGCUACUCAACAAGUUCAAGAGCAGUAUGCACUUGCAGCUCGCCUGUUUCCAAGCUGCAUCUCCGACCAUGAUGAAAACAUAGCUGCCUGUGGAGGAAGAGCAUCCAGAGACAGCAAGUGUGAGACCAUCCUCUUCCUGUGCCAGAGGGCUAGCCCAUGUCCAAGACUGCAUUUAACUUCUCUCUUUUCCCCAGUAUGGUGGCACAAAAAGGUGUUGGUGGGUAUUUAGUUUCAACCUAUUUAAACCCUGUCUUAAAUGUGCAUAAACAGUUUUUGUUGUUAUUAGCUUUGGUCCUAUAAGGCUACAUAGCAUACUCUUCUAAAUGUUUUUUUCUUGGCUAAAUGUUGUAUGGUGUGAGCUUCAGGGGUCUUCUCUAGAGUGUUCUGGAUUGGCCCGUGGUGUAAAUGAAUGCAGUUCUAAGCACCCCUUUACCGCCUCAGUGUUGGCAGUCUCCAGUCCAGGCGAGGCAUUCGAGAAGAGAUUUAAAGUCACGGCUUUGGAGCUGUGCCCAGAACCUAAAAAUCGUUUCAUACAACUCGCUCUAAGGUUCCUAGGUUUGGUUUGUUUUCUUUUAGAAAAAUAUACAAUCUACAUAUAAAAAUGUUAAAUUUUGGAUAAUUUGUGACGCAGGUGUCCAUAAAUGAUCUGAAUUUUCUAGUCUGACUUUAAUUUUCCCAGUGCUACACACUGAAGUUUCUGGUUGUCACUCACACUGAAGUUGACCUGUCAGUGUGCACUAGUGUGGUGAGGGCUCACAAGGGCCUGCACAUAGAGGCCCUGUCACACCCACAGGCAGCUCCUAGGGAAGGCGGCACUCCCUCCCCUCCCCUCCAGCAGGCCACUCCUCUCUGCUACUUCCCACCCUUUGGAGUGUCUUGCUCCCUAGCUGGACACUGCUCUGGCAUAGGCUGUGUUUUGUAAAGAUCUGAGGUGCUCUGGGGUCACCAAGCACUGAGCCGUGACUCACUGCUGUCUGGCCUGCACAGUAGAUUCGGGUCACUGUGACCUGCAAGCGGCUCUUUGACCUCACUCCAUCUUACCCUUGGCUUCAGUUGUGCUUCACUUUUCAAAAUGACGUAGGGAUAGUGUAGACGGCUCUCUUUGAGAAGACAGAAGUCAUCGUCAUUCUUAGUUCACGUAAUUCAGAGCACAGUGUGCACACAAUAUGGAGGAUUGAGGUUAGUGAGUGUCUGUCACAGUAACUGGAAAUACAGACUUAAUCAUUCGCAUGUGUGUUGGUAAGGCUGAUAAGUGUGCACAGCGGUGUCUCUCGGAACACCAGUAUUAUAGGUAACAUAACCAAACUCAAUCCCAAAGCGGAAGUCUGGAAUGAUUUGUUAUUUUAAAUACUUAAUAAAUUCAGAUCUCAAAUCUAAGUGUCUUUUCUUCAGCAUUUUUAUUAACUCUGUAAUUGUUUAUAUUUCUAAUUUUAAUAUUCAAAAUAAAUAGGUUUGUGUCUUCAUUUA